AUGUAGAGCUUGAGCUCAGACUCUCUUCCAUAUAUAACCUUACUUUCGUGUCCAAGAAAAAUGCAAUAGCCCAUUCUACGCGUCGUCUUUCUCAAAGAUGCCCGUGUUACCCGCAAAAUUCGUUAAUAUUUCCACCGCUCUUGCCACCAAAUAUGGCCCUGUCAAUGUAAUCGGCGUCGUCGUGGAUGUGUGGGGUGGCGCGUUUAAGAGCCAAGGCACCUCUCUUUGCAUCACAUUCACCAUUAAAGACACCAACCUGAACAAUGGGCAUACAUGGGACGGUCUGAAGAUCAAAUAUUUCAAAGAAACCGAGAGCCUCUUGCCUCCAGUUCGAGAAGGCGAUGUAAUCUUGCUGCGAGAUCUUGCGGUCAGGGUGGUUAAUGGGCGGCUGAUGGGCGUUGCUGCUCAGGAUCGAAAUAUUCCCUGGGCUGUUUUUCGUCCAGAUAGAGACCCCACGUCUCAGUACUCUGCUCUUUCUGGCCCGGUUCCUUUUGACCCGUCGUAUGCGGAAAAGACCUACGCAUUUUCUUUGCUCGAGGCUAGUCCGACUACAUUUCGCACUGCCUCUUCGUCUGGAGCUGUACUCGCUCCGUCUACGUUUUCCGGGCCUUCGCAGAGAAAGUUUGCACUCCUCAAGGACAUCCAGGAAAGACAGUUCGUGGACCUUGUCGGGGAAAUAGUCAAGCUCCACUCUGGAGAUUUCGAAAAGGCUACGCUGUAUCUCACCGACUACACGGCCAAUGACAAGCUAUUCCGCUACGAAUCUGAUGGUGACGAUAAAGCUACCGAGCACGGACGCGAUGGUGAUCCCUACAACUAUAUCCCACGGUCGAAGAAAAAUUGGGACGGUCCAUCCGGCCAAAUGACCAUUCAGAUCACUCUCUGGGAACCUCAUGCCUCAUUUGUCCGAGGAAACUUCGAUAGACACGACCUUAUCCGCCUGAAGAAUGUCCGAAUCAGGGGGAGCCGCAUUGAUGGGCUUCUCGAAGGGAUUCUCCAUACCGACAAAGAAAAUCCCCGCGCCGUGCACGCCUUCCGCAUAGAUACCAAGAACGAUGUCCGGGUUCAACAACUCCUCUCUCGAAAGGAAGAGUAUUGGAAAACGAACCAUGCCAAACGAAAACCAACCAAAGAUCCCGAACCACCAUCCAAGAAACUCAGCAGCAAGAAACAACGAACCAAGCCACCGCCCAAGAAGGAACACGGCCAGCAAUCACUCGAGCAAACCACUCGCAACCCCACAAACCCAAACGUCCAAUCAUACCAAGCAGGUGUUACCAUCCGGCCCCUCGAGGUCAUCGUGAACAACCCAUCCCACAACAACAAGUCCCCCGACGGAAUUGAAUACCGUCUGCCCUUCCAGAACCUUUGCUACAGAAGCACGGUCCAUGUGGUUGAUUUCUUCCCCCCGAAUCUCGAAGAUUUCGCGGUUCCAAUUCACCACAAUCCCCCUGCACCUGGGAGCUCCCAGCAGCACCCCUUCACAAAGUGGGAGUGGCGGUUUUGUCUUCUGGUGGAAAGCGUCCCCCCACCACCGCCGGGGCAGCGCAAGGAACGGGUGAAACUUUUGGUUUCUGAUUCCGAUGCGGUGUAUCUCCUCAAAAUGGAUGCGGCUAAUUUACGUGCGCAUCCGAGCAAGCUAGCUGCCUUGAAAGAGAAACUUUUUCUUCUUUGGGGCAAUCUACAGGAGCGGAAAACUAAAGCCAUCGAAGACCCCACUGGCUGUCCGCUAGAUUCCGGCUCUGUUUCGUCUUUGCCAUUCACCUGCUGUAUCAAGGAAUACGGGGUUAGGUGUCAUCACCCCGUUACAGAUAACGACAACGACCCCCUUCCCUGCGGCGACAGGGACUGUUUUGGAUGGGAGAGAAAGUUUGGGAUGUUCAUGACUGUCAUUCAUGAUGGUUAAAGUCACCCAAUUGAAGUAUAAUUGAAUAGGUGCAUCAUGACCUUUAUUUUCUUGUCAUAAUUCAACAAUGGAUACAUAUCUUUUUUAACCUAAAUGCAAAGAAGGCAGGGGAAUAAUGUACUAGAGAAAGAAACGUACAGCCCGAGCUAGAAUUGCCAAACCCUGAAGCGA